AUGCCUCUGGUUCCAACCGACGAUGAGCUGGCGAGCGGGGUGCAAGGGCUGUCCCUUGGUGGCAAUGAAAAUCUCGAUGUCGAAGGCAAGAAGCACGGAGGGUUUCGUGGACUGUUGAGGAAAGCUUCAGCAUCUAUGAGAACCAGAAAGCGCCGACACUCUCAUGUAGUAGCCGCGGUAGAUCGACCACAGACCGCGUGGGGAAAGUUAAGGACGGCUACCAGCUUCCACCGACACUCGAGACUCAUGCCAACGAGCUUCGAUAAUGAAGGACCGUUUGACUCACACGAAGAGCUGCUCUCACCAAUCCCCGGAAUUGGAAAUGCGCCUCCAAUCAUCCCACAUGGUUCUGGAGGUGCCGCGGCGCGGGCAACUGCGGCAGCCCAGAACGACUAUUUCUUCAGGAAUCGGCAGUACCUUAUGGUUGACGAACAUCUAGGAGACAGGGAGAGUGGAAUUGGAAUAGCGAUCACAACUGCUGAUGUCGUAGAGUCAACGGAGGAUGUCUCUAGCAAUGGCAUCAGUCGCGUCGAUUUCAUAAAGCACCUGCCCUCAGAGCUUGGAAUCCAGAUACUCAAGCAUGUAGACCAAGAAACCCUUCGCAAUGCUGCGUUGGUUUCCAGGCGAUGGAAUACGGUGAGCGUGACGGACGACAUCUGGAGAACCGUGUUUUUGCGCGAUCAGACAAAGACAUACGCCACCAGCAAACCUGUACCUCUUGGGGCUGGCCUUGGACUGCCGUUGAAAGGUUCUGAUUGGAAGGAACUAUACCGGAUUCGAGAGAAUCUCCAUCAAAACUGGGUAGCUGGAGCUGCUGAAGCAAUCUAUCUUAAUGGACAUAUGGACAGUAUCUACUGUGUGCAAUUUGACGAGAACAAAAUAAUUACGGGCUCUCGAGACAGGACAAUCAGAGUAUGGGAUAUGAGGACUUACGAAUGUCGCUUGGUCGUUGGACCUCCAGAAGUUGUCAGCAAUCCAGAUAUCUUGAUCGGAGAUGAUGGUGCGCCAGCCCAUUAUGCUAUCAUGCCAGACAGCAACCGAGCAGCGGAAUCCACCCCAAAGACUGUCUCAUAUCCGAUUUACCAUAACCAAUCGAUAUUGUGUCUCCAGUACGACGAGGAGAUCCUGGUUACCGGCUCAUCGGACAGUACUUGCAUUGUCUACGACAUCAAGGACAACUAUAGGCCAGUUCGGAGACUCCAACACCAUACCGCGGCUGUGCUUGACCUCGCCUUCGACGAGCGCUAUAUUGUCACGUGCUCGAAGGAUGUCACUAUCUGCGUUUGGGAUCGAGAGACCGGUGCAAUGUUGAAGCAACUCCGAGGUCAUUCUGGCCCAGUCAAUGCUGUACAGAUGAGAGGAAAUACCGUUGUCAGCUGCAGUGGAGAUUUCAAGGUGAAACUGUGGAACAUUGAUACUGGCAAGAACAUCAAGGAGCUCUCUGGUCAUACUAAAGGUCUUGCUUGCAGCCAAUUUUCGGACGACUCGAGAUUUAUAGCUUCUGCUGGCAACGAUAAGAUCAUUCGUAUCUGGGACGCCAAUACCGGAGUAUGUUUGCGGAGUAUCGCAGCUCACGACAACCUGGUCAGAUCUCUGCACAUCGACUCAGUGAGUGGAAGGCUAGUCUCAGGCAGCUAUGAUCAAGAUAUCAAGGUAUUCGACAUGAAUACGGGAUCACUCCUCCUGGACUUCCCAAAAUGGCACUCGAGCUGGGUUCUUGGGGCCAAAUCAGACUAUCGGCGCAUCAUCAGUACCGGACAAGAUCCCAAGAUCCUCAUCAUGGAUUUCGGUAUGAAUAUCCGAGGCAUCGAGAAACUGGAGAGUUGA